AAUAAAACCCUAGUUAGCCAGAAAGAGGGUUUUUGAAGGUUCUUCGUUUCCGAAUUGAGAGCAGAGAGAGAGAUGGGGAGCGACAGCGAGGCAGAGAAGUCGGCGCAGAAAGAGAAGGAAAAGAAGAUAUUGGCGCUGUCUCCCAUUGCUAAACCCCUCGCCGGCAAGAAGCUUUGCAAGCGAACCCUUAAACUUGUUCGUAGAGCUUCUCAACACAAAUGCUUAAAGAGAGGAGUCAAGGAGGUCGUUAAGAGUAUACGGAGAGGUCAAAAAGGGUUGUGUGUCAUAGCUGGGAACAUAUCACCCAUUGAUGUCAUCACACAUGUUCCUAUCCUCUGUGAAGAGGCUGACAUUCCAUACAUAUAUGUCCCUUCCAAAGAAGUACCAAUACACAACUCACCUUCUUCAUUUUUUUGUUUAUUUUUUACACACUUCUCCUGUAAUCAAUUCAAUGCCAUCAAUCUCUCCUUCUGAAAAUUCAUCAUCCAGCCCCAAAAACUGCAUAAUAAGAACAAACCUCUUUUAGCUCAAUUUAUGGAGCAAAAAGGAUCUUAUUAGUUGCCCCUGCAUAUUUUCAACUGAUCUCAACCUUGUAUCA